AUGAAAUUGUCGUUUGCAAUACAAAAGCUUUGGGACUUAUUGAGCCACGAAUACGAGCAAUUUCAAGGAGUUGAAGAUCAAGUAACUGAUCUAAAACGUGAUCUAAGCUUGUUAAAGUCAUUUUUGAAAGAUGCAGAUGCCAAGAAACAUACAAGUACAACGGUGAGAAACUGUGUGGAAGAGGUCAAGGAAAUUGUAUAUGAUGCUGAAGAUAUAGUUGAAACCUUUCUUCUAAAGGACGAACACAGAAAAAGAAAUGGUGUCUACAAUUGUAUCAGAAGACUUGCUUGCAUUUUUCCGGAACGCAGAAAAUUUGCAUUAGAAGUUGGAUGCAUAAGUAAGACAAUCUCCAAGGUGAUUAAUGAUAUGGAAAGUUUUGGAGUACAAAAGAUUAUUGUUGAUGGCGGGAGCAUUGCACAGGCACAGCCUAUACAUGAUCGAGAAAGGGAAAUGAGACACACGUUUUCUAGGGAUUAUGAAAGCGAUUUGGUGGGGUUAGAAGAAAAUAUAAAGAAACUGGUUGGAGUAUUGGUGGAAGAAGAUCAUGUUCAAGUGGUUUCCAUUACCGGGAUGGGUGGUCUUGGUAAAACCACCCUUGCUAGACAAGUUUUUAACCAUGAUAUGGUUAAAAAUAAGUUUGAUGGACUCGCAUGGGUGUGUGUUUCACAAGAAUUUACCCGUAAAUCUGUGUGGCAAUCGAUCUUGCGAACUCUCAAACCUAGUGAAGUGGAAAAGAAAAUCAUAGAGAUGACGGAAGAGACACUCCAAGGGUGGACGGUGCUACUUACUUCUCGAAAUGAGGGAGUUGCUGGACAUGGAGAUACAACGUAUCACAAGGUCAAACCAGAAUGCUUAACUAUUCAAGACAGUUGGAUACUUUUUCGAAGAAUAGCAUUUCCAAGGAAAGAUGCUUCGGAAUUCAAAGUUGAUGAGGAAAUGGAAGAGCUGGGUAUGCAAAUGAUCAAUUAUUGUGGGAGAUUGCCUUUGGCUGUCAAAGUAUUAGGAGAGCCUCCGGUAGCACAGCUAUGGGCUGCAGAAGGGAUCCCCUAUCACGAUGAAGAGGACAUUCGAGAUGUUGCAGAUAGCUACAUAGAAGAGUUGGUGAGGAGAAAUAUGGUUAUUUCCGAAAGAGACAUCAAGACUCUGAGAUAUGAGACGUGUCGUUUGCAUGACAUGAUGAGAGAAAUUUGCUUGUCUAAAGCCAAAGAAGAGAACUUCCUACAAAUUGCCGGCAUCCGCUCCCCGACCACAAACUCUCAAUCUCCUUAUGCAUCGCGCAGAUUUGUCUCACGUAACCCUACCACAUUAGAUGUUGAGAGAGAGAUGACUAAUCCAAAACUUCGAUCUCUCUUGAUUGUUUGUGAUAGGGAAGUACGUUGGAAGCUAUUAGGUUUAAGACUUACGAGGUUACAACUGCUCAGGGUGUUAGAUCUCUCUGGAGGUGAGUUUAAAGGACGGAAGUUACCUUCUGGCAUCGGAGAGCUCAUCCACUUAAGAUACUUGAGCUUAGAAAGUGUUCGUGCAUCUCAUCUACCUGCUUCUCUAGAGAAUCUUAAGUUAUUGAUGUAUCUGAAUAUAGAUUUAAUAGGCUUUGUAUUUGUGCCCAAUGUCUUGAUGGGAAUGCAAGAAUUGAGAUACCUUGCAUUACCAAGAUAUAUGUAUAACACAAAGUUGGAACUGAGAAAGCUAGCAAAGCUGGAGACCCUGAAGAACUUUUCAGCUCCCGAGUGUAGUUUCAGUGAUCUCACUGGUAUGGCAAAACUGGGGAGUCUCCACAUCAUUUUAGAGGAUGAGACCAGUAUAGAGACACUGUCUACAUCGAUAGCUGGACUGAGGCGCUUGGAAAAUCUUCAGAUAGACAGUUCUGGGAAUACAAAAAAAGAGGAAUUUGUUUUGGAUUGCAUUCAUCUCAAACACCUGGAUCUGUCUAUAUAUAUGCCGAGGUUACCUAAUGAGCAACACUUACCUUCUCACCUGACACACAUAUCCCUACGUGAGUGUUGUUUGCAAGAUGAUCCAAUGCCGAUUCUUGAGAAGUUGCUUCACUUGAAAGAGGUUAAUUUACGUGAUCGAUCUUUCUGUGGGAAAAGAAUGGUUUGCUCCCGUGGUGGGUUUCCUCGAUUGGAGAAACUAAUUCUGGAUGAGCUAGAGGAGUGGGAAGAGUGGAUUAUAGAAGAAGGCUCCAUGCCACUUCUUGGUUCUCUGGAGAUUAUUUAUUGUCAUCAGUUGAGGGAUCUUCCUGAUGGGCUGCGAUUCACAUCUUCUUUGAAGUAUUUUUGUUUGGAUCAUAUGAUGGAUGAUGAGUGGGAAGAAAGAACGGCGGAAGGAGGAAAAGAUUAUUACAAAAUCAAACACAUUCCUUGUUUUACGCUCGGAAAGAUUUUGGAUUAUAUCUAG